AUAUAUGUUAUGUUUUUAUUGAGUAUUUUACUUGUACUGGGUUUUGUAAGUAUUUCUUCAAAGCCUUCUCCUAUUUAUGGUGGUGUGGGGCUUAUUGUUAGUGGAGCUGUAGGUUGUGGCAUUAUUAUAGGUUUUGGGGGUUCUUUUAUAGGUUUAAUAGUAUUUUUGAUUUAUUUAGGUGGUAUACUUGUGGUUUUUGGUUAUACUACGGCUAUGGCUACGGAGGAGUACCCUGAGACUUGAGGGUCUAAUGUUGUUAUUUGGGGGGUGGUAUUAUUGGGAAUAGGGAUGGAGUUAUUUAUAGUAGCGUGAAUAGUUGAGUAUGGUGGAUUUGGGGUGGGAGAUGUGUUUGGUGGUGUGGAGAAUUGAAUAAUUUUUGAGAGUAAGGAGGGUGGUGUAAUUCGUGAGGAUUCUUUGGGGGUGGCUUCUUUAUAUAAUAAAGCCAGCUGGUUUGCAGCUAUUGCCGGUUGAUCUUUGUUUAUUAGUGUUUUAAUUGUUAUUGAGAUUAUUCGAAGG